UAGAGGGAAAAAAACAAAGAAAUGUAUGCUGAGGAAGGGCUACUUUUUCCCUACUUCCAGAGCUUCUCUCAAGAAGCUCAACAAAUUGAAGGGUUCUAUUGCUCUCAAAGACCCAAUGCUUCAAUGACUCGUCAUCUGCCCACUUUACUUUUCUCAAUGCUGGCCAGUUGCAAGAAUAUUUGGGUUGCCCAGUCUCUCUCCUUAUCUUGGGAUCAGCAUAAGCUCCUUAAUGCUUGCAGGAUAAAAUAUGAAAACCAUUUCCAAUGUUGUUUUAUGUUAUCAUGCUGUUUAUUUCUCAACAAACUUUUCUUUUUCUUAUUUUAAGAAAUUCCUAACAUGUGUGGCAUCCUGUGUACUAGACAUCAUCGAUAUCAGAAUAUGAUCUUGGAGGAGAAGGGGAUCUCUUCAAGGCUCCAGAACCAAUAAUUGAAGAAGCGCUGUUGGAUCUUGAUCCAAUGACGGCUGCCAUCUCGUUGAUUUCUUGUGCAGAUGAUGUCAUCUCCCCACACAAUAUUGAGGUUUCAGAUAUCGAGAACGGGCAGAUCCUCAGUGAGGUUUUCUACGAAUGCAAGAAGGAUCUCUGGGUGAAGGAUGGAAUUGAAGCACCACUCUCUCAAGUCCUUGAAGAUGUCACAAAGACCGUUGAAAAGAGGGCAUCAGAGGAACAUUUGGAUUCUCAGGGAUCACUUCAGAAGACUGCCAGUGCAGAGUCACUGAACACCAUGGUGGACUGGAUACAAGGCGACACUUCCUCGCUGAGGCAAAGUAUUUUCAAUUUUCCAUGGAAGGACUUUGAUGCUGCGUAUGGGAUGAAAAGAUCGCUCAGUGAAGGAGACAUAAAGACUCUUGGUAAUGGUAGUAUAAAUCUCGUCCACUCUCCAAUCCGACUGCCAAAAACUACUAUAUGUAGUUCCAUUUCUGAAGAACGAAUGGAGAAGCUAUCCAGAUACAGGAUCAAGAAGGCGAAGAGGAACUUCGGCAGGAAAAUCAAGUAUGCUUGCAGGAAGGCAUUGGCAGAAAAUCAACCGAGGAUCCGUGGGAGAUUUGCAAAAACUGAAGAAGUGGAUGCAUCCAAGAAGCAUUGACUGUUCAGCACUCCACGAAGAAGCUAGCUAGAACACAGAAGGAUGCUGGUACUGGAUAGUUAUUCGCUGGUAGUAGUUGCUUGUUUUCUGUUUGAUGAUCUGUUAUUAGUUGCAAUAAUGUUCCGGGUAGAUUUGAAAUCCGGUUACAGAUGAGGUGUAUAGUGUUUGCUGAAUAAGAAUUACAAUCGCCUGUAUGGUUUCUUCCAGAAUUUUCAAGUGUUCCAAUCUAUUCCCCAGGCACGCAAGGCCAUGAGACAUUUGGUGUGCCAGUUCUGAGUAUUUGCUUCUCAUGAUUUCCGACUGGAAAUAACUUGGAGCACGAAUUGAAAUCUUAUAUCCGGCUUUGCAAUUUUCAUAUUAUAUUGGGUAUUUGAUAAAGAAUGAAUAAUUGUAUCCAUA